AUGGAGGAGGCUAAAGGUAGGCCAGAUGAAACCAAAGGCCCUAAUGACAAAGGAAACUCUAUCAGGGAAAGACUUGCCAGGAGCUGUAAGAUCAACAUUGAUCACAGCCAGAAGCCUCGAAAAGGAUACCUGCUGCCACCUGAGUCUGUGAAAAUCCUUCGUGUCUGGCUUUAUAAGCACCGGUUUCAUGCUUACCCUACCGAAGAAGAGAAGCGAAUGCUGUCCAAGAAGACCAAUUUAUCUUACCUUCAGGUCUCCAACUGGUUUACAAAUGCGCGUAGACGCCUUCUUCCGGAAAUCCUUCUACAUGAUUCAUACAAAAUUAGCUACAAAGGUCAGGCUGCAGAAGCAGCCCAGGAGCAGCAAACCAGUGCAUUACAGAAGGUUAAGGCACAGGCUAGUGUCAAAGCUGAGAAACAGAAUGUGCUCUUGCCAAUGUACCAAGAAUCUCAAGGGAAGCUAUCAGAACCAGAGUCUUCUCCAAGACAGAAUGGUAUCCCUGAAGCCAACUCAGGGGAAAAAGGAAAGAUUUUUGCCGGUGAGCCUUUGUCUUCUCCAGAAUCUGUGUGGCCAGAGGAAAAACCAGAUUUUAGCAGCUUCUACAUGCUGGUUGAUGUUGCUGUACAGAAGGCAGCAGAACUGGAGGAGCAGAAGAAACAAGAUCCCAAACUGUAA